AUGGUAGCAAAAGUUGGUGUAAAGACAGUUCAUUAUGGUACAGUAAUCACUCCAUGUGUUGUCAAAGAUAUCCUUGGAGCUUUGCCGAAAAAAGAAUUCCUUGCUUCUCGUCCAUCAUCAUUGGAUACCCAGCAGAAAUUACCAUAUCUUAAAACCAAUCAAUUUAUAGAAAACAUAGCAAAUUUGGAGGAUGGUCGCUAUCCAUCAGUCUCAACCGUUCUAGGAUGCACAACUUCACAGCAUUUACUUUAUCGAUGGCAAUUGAAAAUGAUCAAACAGUUGGGUGGUUUAGGUGCUUUCAAGAGAUAUAUGAGAGUUCGCUUGCAGUCAGGCACACAGUACCACAGUUGCAUACAAAGAAUUUUGGAGGAAUUUCGAAAGCGCGGAAGUUUUCCCGAUGAUGUUGCUGAGCAAAUGACUUCCGAAGUCGAUAGCUCUAUUGCGAGCUAUUUAAAUAGUGUACUUCCUGUUUUGCGCACGCUUGAUAGCAAAAAUAUGAAACUGGAAAGACCUACGAGCCAUCACGGUCUUUGCUAUAGCGGACGAUUCGAUGCUGCUGUUACCUACAAAGAUGCUUUGUUUUUGAUGGAUUGGAAAACAGCUUCACCAGGUUCAACGAAAGAUGCGUGCACGGGGAUUGAGAAAAUGUACAAUGACCCAUUGCAAGUAGCCGCAUAUAUUGGUGCCGUUAAUUCAGAUCCAAAUUUCAAAAUGUUACCAGAAAUUCGUUGCGGCGCAAUUGUUGUAGCAAAAGAAAAUGGUUCGAUAGCAGAUGUUGUGGAAAUGAAUUCAUCCCAUCUAGAAAUUUAUUGGAAUAAAUGGUUAAAUUGUGUUUGGCAAUUCUGGACGAAAAUGGAAACGCUUUCUGCUGUAAAUAAUGUAAUUUCAUUUGUAUGGGACCGUGAAGAAAAAGGUUGA